AUGUCUGGCUACUAUGCCGGACCCUUCGGUCGUACGUUACCCGCCACGGACGGUCAAUCACGCGAACAGACUUCGGAGCGUUCAGCUAAUAAGUCAGAAUCCGGGGAUUCCCCAUACCAGCUUCCGCCACCACGUGCACCAGCAAACUCGCAAUAUGGGACAGAUCCGUUUUUACGACAACGACAAGGAGAAAAUGCAGAGGCAGGAACAGGUCUACCACCAGGAGAGCCUGCUUCGCAGUCACAACUCCAAAGGACCGAGCAGCUACCAUCUGUGCGACAUUUAUUAACCCCUGUUUCCGGUCCGACCUUACCACCUACUGCCUACCAUCAGCCAUUCGGAACAGCAACACCCGGGACCGACCAUCGCGAAUAUUCAUAUCCAUUUCGUCAGCAUGAGCCGGCGUAUGCUUCUCAAAUUAGUACAGGCUCUGCACAGGAUAGGGUCCAAGGACGCACAGAAUCAUUUCCGCAGCCGCAGACAGGCACUCUUCCAUCGCUAUCACAGGUCACCAUGCAUAGUCCUCGAGAGAUCAAACAUCACACGGCGACAAGAAGUGACCCAUCGCCUGCGCCAUUUCAGCACAGCCCAUCGCCUUACCACGGAGCGCCGUUUCACGAAAACCCGCCAAGCGUAGGAGACAUUUCAUCUCCCGAGAGCGCGAGUCGAACGAAAGGCCAGUCCGUCCUUCCGCAUGUUAUCGACGAACGAUACGUUGAAGGAGAGGGGAUAUGCUAUGUUUAUGCAGAUGGAACUCACGUCCCCAAACUAAUUGGUGGUAUCCCGGUAAACGCCAAUUGGGGCAUUACCAAGGCUGGGAAACCAAGGAAAAGGCUGGCACAAGCUUGCCUUACGUGUCGUGAGAAGAAGAUCAAAUGCCAACCGAACCUACCCAAGUGUGAUCAAUGUCAGAAAUCUGGACGGGAAUGCAGGUUCGAGAGUGCCCCUCGUGGGAGUCGUGGUUCUCUAAGAGGAUCUAGCUCAACAGGGCCGUCAAGUAGAUAUGACAUGAGGGAAGGCUUUUCACCGGGCCCUCAUGCAGCCUCCGACGUUUCCCCCUCACUUUACAAUUUGCCCCGAGCUUCAAACAGCGCCACUUCGCUUCCCGGGACGAGUGGUCAUUCACCAGGGUCCGAAGGUCCAUUGCUUACACCAUCGGUCAGCGAAAGCACAUACGAUACAAUGACAGAUGCGGAGCGAGCAUACCGGUCGCAGGGGUACAGAGGACCACGGUCCCAUGUUGUCGGUGACCAUCCUAUUACCAGGGCCCCCGAACAUACCGAGACGCUUCGACCAGAACAUUCCAAUAUCUUUGGAGACCUUCGAGACAUCAAUAUCGACGAUCCCCUCACAAGUUCCUGGAAUGUUGAUCCAUAUCAGAGUGAUCCCGAAAUGACAAUGCACUAUGUCGAGUCUUACUUCACAUCGGUUAAUGAACUUUACCACAUAUUCCCGCACACUCGAUUCAUUUUGUGGUUGAAAUCUUGUCAUACAAAGUCGGCUGAAGACAACAUGUUAUUAUACUCAAUGAUGGCUCUGGGCUCUAUCUUCUCCGACCGAUCCGAAAGAAUCAUGGCACUGAGGCGCUAUUCCCGGAUUGCACGUUUUGCCAUUCAAAAGAGCCAGCAUGUCUUGUCUUUGCAGCUUACUCAAAGCCACUUGAUUAUGAGUCUUCUUUACUACGCCACGGGAUCUUCAGUAGGGUCUUGGGACUCGAUUGGCGCAGCCGGACGAGCAGCUAGUGGUAUGCGAUACAACGUGGAAUCGGGAGGAGUUGUUGUGGAUCAGAACCAAGUCUGUGACUAUGGACUACAUCCACAGGCUUUGAUGGAAUGUCGCCGGCGAACAUACUGGGUCGCAUACAUUCUAGAUCGAGUCUCGAGUUUCUUUUCCGCAACUUCCACCUUCAUCCCGUCAGAAGCAAGUUUGAUCCGACUUCCAUGCCGCGAGGAGAUAUACGAGGCACAGCAAUACGCAACUGCCCCUUACUUCCAAUCCGUCCUCAACCAAGCCUCCGCCACAGACGAUGAUCGAUCCGCGCUCAGCCCCAUGGCAUUCUUAAUCCAGAUCAUGUCAAUCUGGGGAGACGUACAUUUGAAUGUGUUCCGCCUGGCACAUGCUCCAUCAGACGGCUACGCUCAGCUUGCAGAGGAGUUCCAUGCGAUAAUCACUCAUCGUGCCGACGAGUGGAUCAAACAACUCCCCGAGCAUCUGGUAUUCUCCCCCGUCAACCUAGAGCGGGCCGCCCAAGCAAAGAAAGCAGAUGCUUUUCUCUCCAUCCACCUAUUUUACCACGCCACACUGAUGAAGCUGUACAGACACGCUCGGUAUUCUAGUCUGAGAUCCGAGAUCCUAGUUCAGUAUAUCCACCGAGCCCGAUACCACGCCGUGGAAGCUCUCAGAAUCGCCACGGCAAUCUUGCCCUACACUAGUACUGACACGACCGGACUUGAUUCGGUACUCCUCAGCCCAUCCAUAGGCUACCUGGUCCUAUCCGCAGUGGAUGUGCUCAGCUCAGCCGGCUUGGUAGCUGAAAUAUCGGACUGUAUACCCUUGGUCAGGGGUGCCCUAAGCCUAGUUCAGCUGUUAUGCCGCCACUGGGAUAGUUCCUCGGAUCUGGUCAGCGCUAUUCGAAAGCGCUUGACAUUAAUGAUUGAUUGCUUAAACGACCGGGCUCGAUCACAUGACAAAAUCGGCUUUGCGGUUGAUGGACCUUCUCUCGAGAUGAAGGUCCGCACAGCUUCAUCUCCGCCGCUUGGCGCCCUUGACGAGGACUUAUUCUACGGAUCGAUGCCACGAGAAAUGCUCCUCCAUGCCAUGCGAGUCGAUGAUGUCUCCAUCUCGGAGAAUAACAUCGUCUGGCUCAAAGAUCGCUGA